GCUCUGCUUCGUGUGUGCCGUCAUCCGCAAAACGUGCCGGGGCACGACAGACUCACCCGUGGCGCACUUAUCUCGGGGCCCCAGGAAGGAUCUGCAAUAUUUGGUCACUGCUAUUCAAGGUCACAUCCCACAAUGGGGUUGGUUGCCCGUUUAUGGCCUUUGAUAUCAUGUUGCGGCCCCCAGACCCAGAGUGGUGCCCCCCCCUGGCCCCCAUCUUGUCUGUGUCUGUUGGUUCUACCCCGGCGCCCUCCUCAGCCCACUCAGCCCACGCACCCUUGUCCAUGUCGGUGGCCAUGUCCAUGUCCACAUCCGUACAGCGACGCCUUACCCACACAUCCUUCCUCUUCUUGUCUUUCCGUGUGUUGGUGAUAGAUUAGUGUUGGUGAUGCGCGUGUUGGUGAUGCGUGUUGGUUGACCUUCCUGCUGCCCAGCAUUGCACCAUGAAGUAUUCUGUGUGGUCAGGGACUGGACAGCCCCAUCCUGUCCGUCUCACACCCCCCUUCUGCAGGCAGAAUUUGGCUCAGUCGCGGAACCAAUCCUCCCACUCCAAGCUUUCAAACCCAUCACAUCGCAUCAUUCGUCAGGCGAACAUUAGACAAACCGGUGGGAUCCAUAAGUUGCAGCCCGGCCCAGCCCUCCUUCUUGGCGCCGGUAUAUCUGCACCCCAGUCUGCCCUACCACGAGUGAACAGGCACAGCUGCCCAUCCUUGCAUUCAGUCUGACUCCUAUCUCGAAUAACAAGUUCGCGGCUUACAUCUUAGGAAACGAAUAGACUAUCGAUCUAACUACUUAAAAUAUCCAGUCUCACCCGCGCCGCCUCCGCCUUCUCCUUGAUCACACCCACACCCUCAUCCACGCCCUCGUCCGCCGCGCCCCCACUCCCCUGUUUUCCUUAAUUGAUUUCCUUCCGGCCCCCCCCCCCCAAAACAUAACGCUAGACGUGGCCCGUCAUCCCUUGGCCCGUCGCCUCGAGCUCACUUGCAUACACAUAUCUGUUUGGUCUCCCCUGCGUUGGGUGGUUGUAGUGUUGACCAACGUUGAACCCACCGGCCUCAACCCGGACAGCCUUGUACAGCACUGACAAACGCAAACGACUCGCGAGGAUCCUGUUCAGUCAAGAGUACUGCUUGUCACCACGUAAUCCGUGCUUUUGGGAGACUCUGCCUGGCGCGCCAGCCGGUCCUCGGGCGUACCAAUCACCACUUGGCCCUUCCCUUUUGCCUCGAGCCAUGGACCUCACGCCGCCGCUCACCAAAUCACCCGCCUCUACACCGAAGACGUAUUGCCCAUCAGAGACAUCCUCCUCGGACUAUCCCUCGCCUGACCUGGUGGAGCAGCACUACAGGAUCUCGUCCAUUUACGAGUCUGAUGCUCCCUGCUCGAUGGCACCAGAGAAUUCACUCCCUCCCCUCGACGGCCUGGCCCAAGGAGAGUGGAACCCCGCCGCGGCUCUACAUCCGUCCUUGACCACCGCGUCCAUGUCCAGUGUGCUGAGCGCCGAGUACGACCCCUUUGCCGCUUAUGGUGGCUCUGUGCCUGGGCCCUACACCCACGACAUGUAUGGCAGCAACUCGCACACGCCACCCCAGACCAUGGCUGCAUCCCGCUCUCCAGAUCCAUCCCUCCGAAGGUCCUCACUGGCCUACACACAUUUGCCAGCGGCGUCGAGUCCAACAACUCCCAGAAUAAAAGCAGAGACACCAUCUGAGUAUGAACAGACGGAAAGCUCCCACUACCCGUCGCCGCGAAUCACGAAUGCGCCAUACUCGACAAAUAUGGGCUCGUACCCAUCGCUUCCGUCACUUGGGCAACCGGCAAUGCAAUCAGCUAGUGGAUACGCAUCAGAGGGGCCCGUGACGGCCUGGACCAAACCGGACGAGUAUCCCCUGGAGCCGGAACGUUUCUACCUGACCACAGGUAGCCAAUCGCCAGCUGCUGUGUUUGGGCAGCAAGAGGCAAGGAGACCGGGACGGCUUGGAAGUAGGUCGAAACGGGCACCGAGGAAGCUCACGACCAAGGAGGAGGCCAACUUCCAGUGCGAUGUAGAAGGCUGUGGCAAGUUGUUCAGCCGCAGUUACAACUUCAAAGCCCACAUGGAGACACACGACGAGAAGCGCGAGUACCACUUCCCAUGCCAGGUUGAAGCUUGCACCAAGAAGUUCGUACGCAAGACCGACCUCCAAAGGCAUCACCAGAGUGUGCAUGUGAAGGAGCGUAAUCACAAGUGCGACUACUGUGCGCGCAUGUUCGCCCGCAAGGAUACGUUACGAAGACACAUGGACGACGGUUGUUCCAAGAGAUUCGAUAUCGGCACCUUGGACUUGCGUCCUAGCGACGAGGAUAACGACUCUCGCACCCUGCCCCCUCUGACGAUACCGCCAUUGAGUCGUGGAUCGUCUGAAGUGAACUCGAACUACUCGUGGGCAAGGUGAAAGAAAGGGCAAGAAAGGGUUCCUACUGGUAGGAAAUCCGUGUAAAUCAAGCAGUCAGACCAUCUGCGCCAGCCAGCGACUUGGGCUUUGUACAAUACAGCGUUGAGGUCUCACGACCCCGGCAAAAGUCUUGCAGCGUAGUGUCAUUGACGGCGUGAAGCUCAAGCGAGCUGAUGACCGUGGCCUUGCAGGGCUUAUUAUGGGGCCCUGAAAAUGCACACCACCUGCGGACAAAGAGGAUGGUCAAUUGGGAUCCAUCCGAGGCAACCCACCCGUAGAUUAAAUUCGGGUAUGACGGGACAGACCAGUAUCUAUUAUGAUAACUCGUGCUCCAAGAAAAGCAAGAAUGGCAACACGGCCCCUCCAGCUCGUUUCUCUCCAGCCCGUAACCUCGUGGAGGUGUGUACAAUGGUCGAUGAAGAUGGCCUGAGCGUGAUGGUCCAGUGCAUACAGAAUGUGAUCACUGAAAACUCCACGGUUACCCCGAGUACAGCAUCAAUUCUGCCGUAUAUGCUACCGGCCAAGCUGAUGAGCAUCUUUUCGAGCAACGAGAGUGAAAUCCUUCCUCUCCCGCUCUUGCUCUGUCAGCGUGCGGAUCAACGUAUCAAACUCCCCUCCCUCACCCUCCAAUAGGAUUUCGACUACAUCCGCCUGUCUACCUAGGCACUGCCCGGGAACCAGGCAACAGAUGCAUGCGUGGUCAUGGAUUGUGCGAUGUGGCACGAUGAGGCGAAUCUGGAGUCGCUACAACUCGACGCCGCUCGUGGGACUAACUGAACUGCUCUGGACGGUGGUGUGCUGCAUUAAGCUGGGUGGGACUGACAUCUCAGUCCGAUCUCCUAAUGAAAGGCGCGACACCGAGCACGACCCCCAGGACAAGCCAACACGUACCUGGCCCUGUGCGCCUACCUGCCAAUAAUCCACUCGAAAUCCCCAAGCCGGUUGGGGAAAUUGCCAUGUGAUUCCAGCGGAAUAUAUAUGUGAGUGGACGGCGCAGUAUUUGGAUAGGCUGCUCGAUGACGGGGUCGCCUCAGGGGGUUCGGAUACGAAGGCAAUCAACAAGCAAAGAUCUCACACGCUUUCUGGUGGGAGGGUUUCGUCGUGCCAGUGUUUUGUGCGAUUCCAACAAUUUCCCAUAUCCCAUGGUCUUCACAUCUAACGCAUUCCACAAUAACCCGGUGGUAGAUCUGCUGCGACCGGAUUGCGACCGGAUUGCGACCAUCAGAUACGGAUAGAAUGCAUGGCGAGGGCCCAUUUCCGGAAGGCUUUGUGCAACAUACAGACAGCACCCGAAUCAACGAUGAAGCCCCCUCAACCGACAGCCAAGGAACCACCCCAAGCCCUGGUCACGAUGGCUUUAGCAUUGGAGACGUUGCGGCCAUAUCCUCUUAACCCUCUACCAGCCACACUCACACAAUGGCUAGAUGAUACAGCCUCACCAUCUACUAUCCCACUCCCUCGACCCAGGAAUGGGCAAGACUCCUGCAUGGCCAGCAGAAUUCUCCUGUUCCCAGCUUAGCUGCACCCAUUAGAGCCCCCUGCGGCCCGAUUGAGAAUCGAGACCAUUUAAUGUUCCAGUUGGCGGUGCGGGCUUCGACCGCGUGCAAGGCAGGUACGCUGUCACAUCUUGGGGUUGUCCAGAGCAAAUUGUAUCAUGCUGGCCAUUUGCACGAUCCGGAACGCGAGCAGAGGCUUCGGGUGGCUGUAGCGUCUGUGAAGGAGUAACGGCGGUACCGCUGUCGCAUCAAGCCCAUAAUCCCCACACCCACCUAUUUCGAUCAUCCCGACGAGGUCGCUUGGCCACGCGCGCAGAGAUUGGACAACCCAUUUCAGGCCAUACUUCUUGCCUGUGACCAGAAGUUCUCCAUCUUCGACCGGGCAAGAAUAUCACGCGCUUCGCCAUCCGUCUCAGCCACCUUUGAAGUCCAGCGCUUGAAAGCCCUUGUUUUGACCUCGCCUUCAAAGACAAGUUUGCAAUAAUUGAGGGUCAUAUCCCUGAGAGCGCCACUCUCAUCUUCGGCCACGAGCCACUGCUUCUGUUGUGCUGGCUGGACAUCCCGAGAUGGGGCGUUCUCGGUCCAGUCAAUACGGUUGCACAUGAGCUUCUUAUAUUUGUUGAUGCUCCACUGGCCGCCCUCUACCACGACCAGGUUGAAUUUUGGGUGCAUGAUGCAGACUCCCGUGAGGGCCAACUGCUCGGCAUUCUUGUGGAUCUUGAAGCGAUGUUGGCCGUUGGCCAAGCUCCCAACCUUGAAGACCAGAACGUGGAGGCCUUUGGCUGCAUCCUGUUCUUGGUUUGAUGCAAGUUUCUCGUGUUGUUGUUCCUUGGUUAACUUUCGCUCCUCGUUGGUCUGCAGGUGCUUUUGGUGUCUCUCGGCAAUCUGCUGGUUCACCAUGGCCUCGACGGCGGUUGGAUCCUUGACAGCCUCCUCGCCCAAAACACGCAUGAGAUUGCCCUUCUUGACCUUUGGGGGAGGGGCGGGGACGAGACCCAGUCUGAUCUUUGCCUGCUCUUCCUUGAGCUCCGCCAUCCUGCGCUGCCUCCGGAGUUUGGCUUGUUCCUUGGACGUGAGGUACAUGGGCUUCGGUGCCGGUGUGUUUUUCUCCUGGGGGGGUUCCAGCGCCACAGGAUGCUGAAUCAAGUUUGUCACAAUGCUGUCCUCGCUGCCGAGUUUGAUGGAGAAGGGGUCGUCUAGGGCGUCAUACGAGGGAACCAGCGCCUCGUCCCACCAUUCGAUUUCUGGGGGCGCUUCUACCACAAAAUUCUUCUCGCCGAGAUCCUCGUCUAUGCCUGCCUUCCUUGUCUGCUCUGCGAUUCUCUUUUUCAUUGCUUCGAGGGCGGCUUGCCUUCGGAGGGCAUUCGCCUGCUGUAUGUAUUUUCCCUUUUGGUUGAAGAGGAGCUGACGGGGGACCCUCUGCUUACCGGCCGGGGUGGUCGAAUCGGCGGGAGGCAAGUAGGGGUUUACCCCAGAGCCUCCAGUUUGCGCACUUCUUGGGGUAGGGUUUUUCUUGUUGGCUGGGAGCUUCCCUUGUUCUGAGUGAAGCCGUGAGGGCGGGCCAGCCCCUGGUUUUUGGUCGGCUGAAGUAGAAGGGGAUGGCCUCCACUGGCCCAAGUCUUCCAGGGCCGGAUGGAGCCCUACAUUGAGACCUCCUUUGGCUUUGCUACCAUCAAUGGCAGCAGCCACACGUGCCUUGAGAGCAGCCAUCCUGUCGGCAGGGGACUCUUGUUUUUGUAUGCGUGAUGAGGCGUCAUGGCGCGGCCCGAGGCCGUUGGCUGGUGGAGUCUGAUGCUUGUCCAUGAUGGAGAUUUCGCCGGCAAGCGGUCGUGACGCAGGAACAAGCCGGGAGACGCACAGAAGCUCUGGUGAUACAAAACACGAGGGACGUGAUCGAUGACCGGCAAGCGCGACUGGUCGGGGGGGCAGCCGCGCACCGUUUGCGGCAAGCUUCGAGUUCGAGCGUUUUGGCUGGGCGUGAGAAGGCGAUGGGUCUUGGCGUCUGCGCCGUAGUGGCAGCUAACUGUCAGCCGUGACGACUAGGUCGGUGAGGAAUGCGACAGCACAGGCGCACGAGGGAGACGGCGACGGCGAGGGUGACAGGCUGGGGUUGGCGGCGUCGACUUUGAAUACAGAACGAAGCCUGCGACUAGAUGCCCAGCUG